AUGGCCCCGUCAAGUGACGAAAUCCGGCAAGCACUGCUUGAUGCGACUUAUCAAGUCUAUCAAGCUACACCCGAAGAGACUACAGUAAACAAAGUCCGCAAGCAGACCGAAGAGAAUCUCGGUCUCGAUGAUGGUUUUCUGUCGAGUGAAGACUGGAAGAAGAAGAGUAAGGAUAUCAUCAAAGAGAGAGUCGAGAAACUUAUGGAUGGAUGGACUCCCGAGGAGAAGAAGGAAGAUGCUUCAGACGGAGAGGACGAGAAGGCUGCCGGCAUGAAACGUUCUUCUCCAGAGGCCGAAUCCCCUCAGCCAAAAGCCAAGCGUCAGAAGCGUUCGCCUAAGGCAAAGCCUGCGCCUAAAGCAAAAUCGAAGAAAGCUGCCAAAAAGGGAGAAUCUGAUGCAGAGUCUGAGCCCACUGAAUCUAGCGAGCUCAGUGAGCUGAGCGACAUGAGUGAAGUGGAAAAGCCCCAAAAGAAGCGGAAGCAAGCAGCACCAAAGAAAGCGGCACCCAAGAAGGCAGCACCAAAGAAGACAGCGCCGAAGAAAGCGGCACCAAAACGCAAAUCAAAGAAAGCCGUCUCCGAAGAUGAGGACGAAAAUGAAGAUGUUUCCAUGAACUCGGAUGCUGGAACGCCUUCAGAAAAGGAAGAUGAGGUUAAAAAGGACGAAUCAGCUGAUGAGAAGGCAAAGACUUCUGCAGAUGACCAAAAUGCGGAUGAGGGAGAAGGAAAGUCACCCGCAAAAGGAGGCGAGGACAAACCGGUUCUUGACGAUGAAUCAGAGCUGUCAGACGUGCUCGAUGAGCCCCCAAAGCCCAAGCGCAAGAAGAAGGAAAAGAAGGAAGGCGCAAGCAAACCAGCAAAAGCACCUAAGGCCGCCGCAAAGAAGAGUUCUGUGUCAGACGACCCCAACACUGAGGAGAUCAAAAGACUACAAGGCUAUCUUGUGAAGUGCGGCAUUCGAAAGCUCUGGCACAACGAGCUGAAACAGUAUGGUGAUGACGCUAAAGCCAAAAUCCGCCACCUGAAGAAGAUGCUCUCCGAUGUUGGAAUGGACGGCCGCUUUUCAGAAGCCAAAGCGCGAGAGAUCAAGGAGAGACGUGAACUCCUUGCCGAAGUUGAAGCUGCUCAAGCAAUGAGUUCCAUGUGGGGUGUCGAGACAAGUGGCCGUGCAAGCCGAAGUAAGAGCAAGGGCAAGAAGAUUGUUGAGAGCGACGGUAGUGACGCCGAGAACAACGACAACAAUGAUAAUGAUGAUGACGACGACGACGACGAUGAAGGAGAGAGCUCAUAUGCCGCGAGACGUAAGAGAGCCAGGGCGGAUUUGGCAUUUUUGGGCGAUGAUUCCGAGUCCGAGUAA